UCCCUCUCGCUCGCCGUAGUUCAGAGUACACACACUUUCUCUCAGCUGAGUGUUUGGACGCUGCUGUGCGGAAUAUAAAGAGAACCUGUGGGUGUUGGCAGGUAUAUAAAUGCCAGGCUCUCCGUCUGCAGACUGGUAUUAUGUGGGCGUGGACGUGGGCAGCGGCAGCGUGCGAGCGGCUCUGGUGACUCGGGAUGGGCGUGUUAAAGCCACAGCGGAGGAGUCCAUCACCGUGUGGACGCCCCAACCGGACUAUUACGAACAGUCUUCAGAGGACAUCUGGAGGAAGUGCUGCAACACAGUGAAGAAAGUGACGGAGGGUGUUGAGAAGGAUCGUGUGAGGGGGAUUGGUUUUGAUGCUACGUGCUCAUUGGUGGUUCUGGACCAGAACUUCCAGCCUGUCGCCGUCAAUAAAAAUGGUGUUGAGGAGAGGAACGUGGUGAUGUGGAUGGAUCACAGAGCGCUGGAUCAGGCCUCUCGCAUCACAGCUACUAAACACAGAGUUCUGAACAGCGUGGGGGGAGUCAUGUCUCCUGAAAUGCAGCCUCCCAAAUUACUGUGGCUGAAAGAGAAUCUGAAGCAGAGCUGCUGGAAGGACGCUGCUCACUUCUUUGAUCUUCCUGACUUCCUGUCCUGGAAAUCUACAGGAUCUCUAGUAAGGUCUUUGUGUACGCUGGUUUGUAAGUGGACCUACGCUCCUCCAGAUGGGUGGGAUGAUGGUUUCUGGACCACUAUUGGUCUUGAGGACCUGCUUGAGAACAAUCAUUCCAGAAUUGGAGAGCAGACCUGCUGUCCAGGCUGUCCGGUUGGAGAAGGCCUCACUCCAGAGGCAGCAGCAGAUUUGGGUCUGAAUCCGGGAACAGCAGUGGGGGCGUCGCUGAUUGAUGCCCACGCUGGAGGGCUGGGGGUCAUUGGAGCAGACGUGAGUGGGCACCACCUACCCUGUGAAAACCAACCAAUCACAUGUCGUGCAGCUCUUAUCUGUGGGACAUCCUCGUGUCACAUGGCUGUGAGCCAGAAGCCUCUGUUUGUUCCAGGUGUGUGGGGUCCUUAUCUGUCUGCUAUGGUUCCAGAGCUUUGGCUGAAUGAAGGUGGACAGAGUGCUACUGGAGGACUGAUUGAUCAUGUGGUAAAGGGACAUGCAGCAUUCCCUCAGUUAAAGCAGCAGACAGAGAAAAGAGACGAGCAUGUUUAUUCUUUUUUAAAUCGCUACCUGGAGGAAAUGAGUAAAGACCAGAAGCACCUGGACCAGCUGAGCGCCAGUCUGCACGUGUGGCCUGACUUUCACGGCAACCGCUCCCCUCUCGCUGAUCAGAGCCUGAAGGGCAUGGUUGUCGGACUCUCCUUGUCUCAAACCCUGGAUGAUCUGGCACUUCUUUAUCUGGCUACAGUCCAAGCUAUCGCCCUCGGGACCAGACACAUUCUGAGUGUGAUGAAGGAAGCAGGACAUGACAUCACCACCCUCUUCCUGUGUGGGGGGCUGAGUAAGAACCCCCUGUUUGUGCAGAUUCACGCCAACACCACAGGGUUGCCGGUGGUGUUGGCUGCAGAGAGAGAGGCUGUGUUGGUGGGAGCUGCAGUGUUGGGAGCCUGUGCAUCAGGAGACUGCAGCUCUAUACAGGAAGCCAUGGAGAAAAUGGCCAGAAUUGGAAAAGUCAUUCAGCCCAACCUUGAGCUGGAGAGUUUCUACAGGAGGAAGUAUGCAGUGUUUCUCCGGCUGUAUGAUCAUCAGAGAGAAUACACCGCCCUGAUGUCUGACUGACGGCUGGAGCUCAGGAAGUGGGGGUGCACUCUGGCCUGGCGAGUUUCUGUAAAGCACCGUUAGAACUUCCUCUGUGGCCAAAAGCUCUGAGGAGGUGCCGCCUUAGAUGGACCUGGUUUCACACUGAUGCUGCUGCUGCUGCUGGUGGUUGCUGUGGUGAUGGUGCUGCUGCUGGUGGUGAUGCCAGCGUUUAACAAAACACUGCUGCAGUGAUGUGAAAGAUAAUGACAGUAAUUCAGUUUGAAGUGUGAAUGAAAUAAUAUAAAAUUAACCCAAAUCUUCAUUUUUUAAAACUGUGACAGAUUAAAGCAUUACUGCUACCUAAACCUACAUGUCACAAUAACCAACGUUUGGAUAUGUUGUGGAAAUUAUUGCUCAAAAUAUAAACAAAUAUAUGUUAUUGUCAUUUUUUAAGAUCAGUUCGUAUCACUGAUAUAAGAUGGUAUGGAGAUGAUUUUGAUAAGGCUUUUAGUAAAGUCAGGAUCAGAAUUAAAUAAUUUGUAGUUUUAUUUUAUAUCUAAAAAAAGACAAUAAACAUUGAAAUAUAUGUCUAUAGUCCAUCAUACCAAAGCCUUGUAACUCCAGACUGAGUUCUGUUAAAUUGUGUGAAUAAUUCUCAAUGUGAUAGACACAUAGAAAUCCUUAAAAAUGACCUAAAAUAAAAUAAAUUGUUUUGAACCA